AUGCACAGAAGAAUCGGUUGUCGGGGUGUGCGGUUAUUUCGGAGGGUAUUUCUGUCGUGGUGUGGAGGGCGGGGGGGGGGUAAAUCGGUAAAACGGUAUCAGAAGUUGAUGUUGAAGAGGAUAAAUUGGGCUGCGGCUGUGAAAGAAGAGAAUAUGCAUGAAGAGGUUGAUGAUGAUGAUGAGAACGUGAAGAAUAAGUGUGUGUUGGUGUGGCAAGGGAGUGUGACUAAACCAAGUUUUCAAAGGUUUUUGGUGCAUGAAUGCAGUACCGAAAAUGCUGCUCGCAAAGUGUUUUAUGAUGCUGGGGUUGGUCAUUAUUGGGAUUUAGUUGUUAAUUUCUCAAGGAUGUGUAAUUAG